ACUCAAGUUGAGAAGUUCCGAAACAUACCGCUCUCAGAUAGCACGGUCGCUCGACGUAUCGAGAACAUCAGCUCAUGGCUGGAGGCGAAGGUCUGCGGCGAGAUCAGGUCGAGUCCUAUGUGGGCGCUUCAACUGGACGAGUCUACGGACGUGAGUGGUUCAGCAAUCCUCUUGGUUUUAGUGCGCUAUGUAUUCGAAUGUGAUGUUCACGAAGAGCUAUUGCUAUGCAAGUCUCUGAAGAGUAACGCGACAGGAGAGGCAAUAUUCAAUGUGAUCGAUGCCUAUCUCAAGGAGAAUGGUGUUCCUUGGGAUACGUGCAUAAAUAUCUGCACCGAUGGCGCGGCUGCCAUGGUUGGCCACCAGAAAGGCGUCGUCGGUAAAGUGAAGAAGGUCUCACCGGAUACCACGGCCAGUCAUUGCAUCAUUCAUCGCGAAAUGCUUGCGAUGCGAAAACUUCCCUGGUCCCUCGAGACCGCGCUCACUGAAGCCGUCAAGAUUGUCAACUACAUUAAGACCCGACCAUUGCAGUCAAGAUUAUUUAAAAUUAUGUGCGACGAAAUGGGAAGUUCGCAUUCAUCAUUGCUGCUCCACACCGAAGUCAGGUGGUUAUCCCGGGGUCGAGUCUUGAAUCGUCUUUUCGAGCUGCGGAAGGAGCUCAUGAACUUCAGUCUCGAUAGCCCAUUCAAUCUGUGCGAGCGUCUCCGGGAUUCCCAGUGGCUAAAACAGCUCGCUUAUCUAGCAGACAUGUUCAAUAAACUGAACGAGCUCAAUCUAUGUCUCCAAAGGAGGAGCGUGACCAUCUUCGACGUCACAGACAGGAUCACCGCAAUGAAGCGAAAGAUGGAGCUCUGGGCUGAACUGAUAUCCGAAGAUCGCCUCGACUUCCUGCCGACACUCCAGGAUUAUCUACGCGAGACAGACGAAACAUUGGAUGAGAGCAUCAAGCAUGAUAUUCACGAUCACUUGUUGAACUUGCGUGAUAGUCUUGAGAAAUAUUUUCCAUCAAAGUCGAUGGAAGAUCAGAUUGCUCAUAAGUGGAUUAAAAAUCCUUCCUCGGCUUCUCUUGAUCGCGGGCUAAGUGCCUGCCAGAAUGAGGAAUUGAUCGAGUUACAAAACAACUCGCAGCUGAAGCAGCUCUUCCUCACAACCUCUUUAGCGAAAUUCUGGGCUUCUGUCAAUGACAACUUCCCACUCCUAUCGAACCUAGCGCUGAGAACACUCGUGCCUUUCGUCAGCACGUAUCUCUGUGAAAGAGGGUUUUCGGCUUACAUCGCAACCAAGAAUAAGUACAGGAACCGACUAGACGCUGAGCCCGAUAUGAGGCUCCAGCUUUCCAACAGGACUCCAAAUUUCGCUGAGAUCUUAUCCGGAAGCCGCAAUCAUCCGUCUCAUCGAUCACAUCCACUCGUAUGGCUCCGUGGAGUGUUCCGCGGGUCAUUUGGGGUGCUGUCGGGGUUCCACGAAAAAUAG